AUGGAUUCCCGGGCACGAAGAAUUAUGAAACUCCUAAAUUCACCAAGUCACCAUAGAUUGGAAUGCGGCAGUGAAAAUGAUCGAUCUAUUUCGCCACUUCACUCUGGAGAAAGUGACGUAGACCUCAGUGAUGACGAUCCCACUUAUAAUCAAGAUCAAAAUCUUCGUCAACGUUCACCGAGCCCAGCAGUUAUAAGUUCUAACAAACCAAGGAAACGUAAAGCAGAUAAGAAUAAAUGGAUGCAAAACGCGCAAAAAAUUAAACGAAACUUGGGUCAAAGUUAUGUAGCUGUACAUUCGAAGAAAUUGGCCCCUGCACGUAGUAUUAAACCACCUUGUGGCCAAAACUGUACACUAAAAUGCGCUGAUCGAAUAAAUGAUGCUAGGAGCUUGGAUAUCUUUAAUACAUUCUGGGCAUUAGGAGAUAGACAGUUACAAAUGAUGUAUAUUUUGUCUAAUUGUACAAAGAUUACACCUAAGUACAAGUAUACCAAUGCUGAGAACCCACGUAAUCCAAACCACGCCUUCUAUUUUUCAGUGGACGAUGAAAAAAUUAGGGUAUGUAAAACGUUAUUUAUUAAUACUCUUGAUAUUUCACAUAAGAUUAUUCGAACCGUGCAGAUUGAGAGCAGAAAUACUGGAGGUUUCAUAAAGGAUGAUAAACGCGGCAAACACAAAAAUUAUAAAACUGCAGUGAUAAGCUUAUUAAGGACAUCAUCAACUUUAUCAACUCCAUACCUCGCAUUGAAUCGCACUUCUUAA